AUGGCCGCGGCAGGCCGCCGCCGGCCAAACUUCGCCCGCCGAGGUCGCGCACCGCCGCCGCCCCCCGGCCCCGCCGCUCCGCCACCGCCGCCCCCGGGGAGGCGCGGGCCGAGGGGGGGCACCGCCGGCCGCCCUCCUCCGGCAACCGGCGCACCCGCAGCGCGCCCCGGCGAAACUUCGUCCCGGAGAAGAGGCGCGGAGCUCGGGCAGGAGCUGGGCCGAGGGCGGCUUUGCCUCUUCCUCUGGGCCGGGAGGCGCCGCCGCCGCGCUGCCCCUCAGGCAGAGAGGGGUCCAGCCGCCGCUGGGGCUGCUGCUCCUCUUCCUCCUCCAGCGGGCGGCCCUCUCGCUCCUUUCCGCCCCCCCGGGCGGCGAAACAACUUCUCCUCUUCCCUGCCCCCGGGAGCGACACAGCCGGGAGCAGGAGCCGUGAGAAGGGCCGCUGCCGCCUCCCGCGCACCCCCCACGCCCCCGCGGGGCACCCCGGACAACUUCUCUCUCCGCUCGCUACAGGACACACGGCCGCGGGGCGAGGAGGGGGUGGGGGGAGACGGCUUCAGCUCCAAGCGCCUCCUUUCAUUCCCGGGCGCACGCAGCCAUAUUGGUUGCACAAGGCUGCCGCCUGCGCCGAGACGGAGCUGCCGCAGCGCAUUGCCCGCCCGCCCGCUGCUCGCCUCCCGCCGACGCGCCGCGGCGACUGCCUCUGCCUCUUCCCCGGCCGCCGCCCGCCUCCCGGCCGUCAGUCAGGGGCUCCCCCGGCCCCCGUGCGGCGCGGAGGCGGGGCGCCGGCACCCGGGCGGAGCGGGCCGAGCCGGGGGGAGCGAGACCCGCUCUCCCCCGUCGUGUCGUUCCACGCCCCCCGCCCGGUGCGGAGCGGCCAGGGGGAGCUUCCCCCCGCUCCUCCCUCCGGGAAAGUGGGGCUUGGCCGGGGCGGGAGGGGGUGAUCGGCCCCGGCUGUCUGGGUGGUGAGACAAAGGCUCGCUGCGGCGGGCGGUGCUCUUCCCUGGCGGCGGGGGACGGGGCCGCCAGCCUCCCCCGCCCUGGCGGUCCGGACCCGGGCGGGCGGCCCGGACCGUGGCCCUGUCCGGGGGCGGGAGCGGCCGCCUGUUGAUGGUGCUGGCGGUGCAGCUGCGGGACCGCCGUCUGCAGCGGGGACACAGCUUCAAACGCCAAGAUCUACUUCAUCCUAAGCUGGAAAAAAGCAAAACGUCAAAAUAAUAACAGACCGUUUGGGGCUUUGUCCGUUAGAAUUUACAAAAUAUCAGAGAACUUCAGGAUGAAACUGAGAAGACUGUGAACAUCAUGACAAUCAAGCAGGAAAGGGGAAGAGGAGAAAAAGGAAAGGAAAGAAGGAAGGGAAGGGAAGGGAA